AAUCUGGCCACAGCUGCUCCCAAGCCAGACGGCAAGGUCAAGAGGACCAGCACAGUAAGAUGUGGAAGAGAAUUGACCAUCAACCCAAGAUCAAAGCAGGGGAUGGAGCGCAGGCAGGCCGGGUCAAGGCUGUGGGUUCAGCUCGCAAGCCUGCCACGGCGCACCCUCCAGAGCUGUCAGAAUUCCAGAGCUUCUCGGUGUGCGAGGACAUUAGCCGUCACAUCAAGGAAGUGGGGGCCCAGCUGGUGAAGAAGGUCAAUGCCAUCUUUCAGCUGGACAUCACCAAACACGGGAAGACGGUUCUGCAGUGGACCAUUGACCUGAAGAACGGGCCUGGGGACAUGUAUCCCGGGCCUGCCAGGCUUCCCGUAGACACGGUCUUCACAAUCCCAGAGCCUGUCUUUAUGGAGUUAGUUUUGGGCAAAAUGAACCCGCAGAAGGCUUUCCUGGCUGGCAAGUUCAAAGUGAGCGGCAAAGUUCUGCUUGGCCAGAAGCUGGAGAGAGUUUUCAAAGACUGGGCUAAAUUUUAAGCCUGCAAAUAAAAUGAAACAAACCAAACCACCAAGGAAACGACCAAGCCUCUCCGGUGAUAAUGCCGAGCGGAAAAAAAAAUCAUGCUUAAAUUGAAGAUUAAAGUACAAAGUAUUCCAUAUUUUUACUCAAAUUCUUCCUAUUCAAGUCUGAUGACUUUUUCUGCUGCUGUGUACUUCUCAGUGAGGGUUCUGGAGCAGUAAAGCAUUUGGAGUGGAUCACCUCUACGCCCUUUGUCUUUUUCUUUUCUUAGCUCCAUGUAUGCUGCGAUAUGCCAGAGCGAACGACGCGGUGGAGACAUGGCUGAUCAUGCUUGUGAAAUUUAAA